UCAAUGAGCUUGGACCGAUGCUCGGGCAAUAGUCCCUGCGGCGGCAGCGGCGGCGGCGGCAGUAGUGGUGGCAGAAGAGAGGAAGGGGGAGGGCCCCGAGGGCUACACACGCUCACACUUUCAAGUUCCCUUGGAGGGAGAAGAGACACAUCCGCCUCUAUGAACCAGCGCACUGACCUGGGCACCACCUAUUUGGACAUUGCCAAAGGCGCUGUGGAGUUAUUCUUGAAGCUGCGCGCCCGGGACCCGGCCAGCCGCGGAGACAGGUACAUGCUGGUCACCUACGACGAAGCCCCGUACUGCAUCAAGGCUGGUUGGAAGGAAAAUCACGCAACAUUCAUGAGUGAACUAAAAAAUCUUCAGGCUUCUGGACUGACUACUCUUGGUCAGGCUCUAAGAUCCUCAUUUGAUUUGUUAAAUCUCAAUAGAUUAAUAUCUGGAAUAGACAAUUAUGGACAGGCAAAUUUGAUCACACACUUGAAAGAUCACAGGCGAGGCAAAUGUAAAAGUUGA